AUGUUAUGUUUUCUUGUUACAUUAUUUUGAAAGUCUUUUUUUAAUUAUUUUUAAAUAUUAACACAAAAAAAAAAGAAUACACGAAAUGAAAAACAUUUUUUUUUACACAUAUUUGACUAUUAUUGUGACUGUUGUUCCUUCUACAACCGCACGCUCAAAAGAUGUUAAUAACAACACAGAAGUAAUUAAAUACGGUUGUAACUUAGAAGAAAACCACUGUAUUAAGAUUAUCAAUGAAAAGAGAGAGUCGUGCUACUCAAGUCAAAAUGGUUUAAAGACAAAAGUACCAUGUAGUAGUGACGAAGAUUGUGUGAACACAAUUGAUUGCACAACCCUUUCGGAUGAUUCGCAAACAUAUAAAAGCUUCAUUAACGAUCGAUCUCGAAUAUCCGUUGGCUCCACAGCCACCACUACUAAACCACAUGUUAUAAUUAAUGGCAAUAUUAGAGAAAUAAAUAAAGUCAAUAGACCUUAUACAUAUUUGGAUGAACCGUUUUCAUACGCUGACGGUCCAUUAGGACCGAAGCAAUGGCCUAAUAGCUGUCUCAAUUCUCCUGAAAAAAGACAAUCACCAAUAAAUAUUAUUACUCAAGGUUCAAUAAGAAUGGCAGAUUGGAGCCCACUCAAAAUAAAUUACUUUAUAAAUAAAGUACAUUUUGUUGGUGUUUAUUUGGAUAAUUAUCGAAACUAUCUUAAAAUGUACCUUGAACCUGCUAGUUUUAUUAUACUCGAGGGAGGUGGACUUAAAAAUGAAAACCUUUUUAGCGAAGUUCGUUUUCACUUUGGAUGCGCAUCAGAUCGAGGAUCAGAACAUCAGAUCGAUAGCAAAAAAUAUCCGUUAGAAGUACAAUUCCUGUUCUAUGACAUUCGGACACAAUAUGAAUCUUAUCUUGCAGUUCUAUUUGAAGAAGGUGAUUUAAAAGACGACAAUAUAAUAACUUUUGACACCUUAGAUGAAGCAAUAAACAUAAUGGGUUACAAUAUUGACGACGUGGCUAAAAUUACAAUUAAUGCGGAAAAACUCUUCGAAGGUCUUUUACCAGAUGACAUUAAAAUUGGACACCGUAAUUUUUUUAAAUAUCGUGGUUCUUUAACAAAUCCGCCCUGCUCAGAUGCAGAAUGGUUUGUUGUGGUUAAUUCUAAACACAAAGUGCCUACUAAAUUUUUGAAAACACUACGAAAGCUUCGCUCAAGUAUGGAUAGCUCAAAUAAUCAGAAUAGUUUAAUGUGUGAUAAUUUCAGACCGAUUCAGAAAAACAAGGAGAAGAUUUUUUCGUAACAAAACAAUAAGAAUCGAAUAUUAAAAAAAACGUUAUUUUUA